CGAACAGCUGAGCGCGAGCUCUGAGCGGCUGCACGCUGGUGCGUUAUUUUAAUGGUUCGCGACAGAACAGCGGCGUGUCAUCACCGGGACUUAAACGCGCAUUAAACAGGUUUUACGCCAAAUGGGAAACGCUCUCUAAGCGCACCAGCAUCAUUUGUCUGCUGCCAUGACAACAGGCUCCUGCAGCCACUUUCCUGAAGUGUUAAUGGACCAUUCAGAUACUACGCCUCUUAGAAGCUCUACUGGGCACGAGUCUGCUCCAAUGGAGAGCUCAGGUUGCUGUGAACCCGCCCUUCCAGGAAAAGCUAUGGACUCUGAGACAAAUCCAGCGAAUGAGGAGGCACAGUAUUGGAGACACAUGGCAGCAAAGGAUGGACAACUUAUGAACAGUGCAGUAUUGGCCAAACAGAGUGCUCUAGUAGUGGAGAGGCCCAUGUGUAGGAUCUGCCAUGACGGAGGGGGACAAGAGGAGCUGCUGUCCCCAUGUGAGUGCACAGGGACGCUGGGCACCAUCCACCGCAGCUGCUUGGAGCACUGGCUUUCAGCCUCCAGCACCAGCUUCUGUGAGCUCUGCCACUUCCAGUUCAGCGUGCAGCGCAAGGCGCGACCUGUUCUCGAGUGGCUCCGUAACCCUGGGCUGCGUCAGGAGAAGCGCACGCUGUUCGGAGACAUGGUGUGUUUUCUGCUCAUCACGCCAUUAGCCACCAUCUCAGGCUGGCUGUGUCUUCGGGGAGCUGUGGACCAUCUUCACUUCUCCAGCAGACUGGAGGCUGUGGGCCUGAUCGCUCUGACUGUAGCUCUCUUCACCAUUUACCUCUUCUGGACCCUGGUGUCUCUCAGGUACCACUGCCGUCUGUAUAACGAGUGGCGUCAGACGAAUCAAAGGGUGGUGCUUCUGCUUCCCAAGUCCCACAGUGAUUCACUGGAAAAUCCAUCAGUGACCGGUCUACUAAGCAUAAAACGACCAUCCAAAGAAUCUAUAGUGUGACUGUAUGUUCCAGUUGACAUGAACUCAAAGAAUGCACACCGGAUUGUCCUGAGAGGAGGGGCCAAUGACUGAGGAGAAACCGUGACUGUGAUGACACUGCUUCUCUUCUUGUAAUUUUGAACGGCUGCUGAGGAACUCCUGGGGAUGCAUUUCAGAGCUUUGAAGGAAACCUGUGGACUUCAUGGUCGCACGUUGCUAACAGUAACUGUGGCAGGACAUUAAGGACUACUUAAUACGUUUUGUCGUGUUGAUUCCGCAACAGUAUGGAUCCGUAACUUUUUUUUUUUUGUCUAUAAACCUAUACUUGGGAUGUUGACAUGUCCAUUUAUGUCCCAUAGUGUGUGUUGUUUUUUCUUCAGCUGGACUCCUGUAUGAUGAGUCUUUUAAGGAGAUGUAUUGUUACUGAGAGCAACGUCCUGUGUUUGUUUCUAGAGACCAUUACGGUAUUUGUUUUUCACAAAAGGAGACUUUUGAAACGUGUAAAGGGAAUACAUGUAAUAUUUUCAAGUAAGGAGUCCCCAAUCUAUAAUGUUAACACUUCCCCCGGUUUUCCUUUGUAAAUUCAUGUUAGUUGCAAGUUGGCAUUUGGAUUAAAUUACCUCAAGCAUCUAAAGGGAGAAAUACCCCGUCAAGAGACAUUUUUAUCUCCUACUGGGUGAAAGGCCUGAAGGGGGAUUACAUCGUGGUGAUGUCAGUCCGUCCAGGGAUGGGUACUCACCUUCUGAAAUCUCCUCCUGUCAAUUUUUGAAGGAAUUUCAUGAAACAUGACCAGGUUCCUUGUUGUACAUCGAUGAUGUGUAUACUGCAAUUUUGUUCAAUUCAGUCACAUUUUACCAGAAUUUUAGCCAUAUAACCGAGUUGUUCGUGGGAGAUGGUGCUCUUUAAGCACCCUUGUUGAAGCAUUAAACCUGAAACCAUU